ACGUGAACAUCAUCAUAUCUCUCAUCCAAUCCAAUUAUGAAAAUAAAAAUAACUUUUUUCUCGAUUUAGUUUCCCUUUAUAUUUUGCUUCGCUUGUCUUGAAAGAUCAGAGAUAAUCUUUCCGGCAAUAUGGAGGCUCUAAUUUUCUUGGUUGGUGUUAUAGGGAACAUAAUCUCAGUUCUCGUGUUUCUUUCUCCAGUGAAGACGUUUGCGAGGAUAGUGAAACAUGGGACAACGGAGGAGUUCGAGAGCCUUCCGUACAUUUGUACGCUGUUGAAUUCAUGUCUCUGGACAUAUUACGGCGUUAUUAAGCCUGACGCUUACCUCGUAGCCACUGUCAACGCCUUCGGCCUCCUCGUCGAGCUCGCAUAUGUUGCUUUGUUCAUUUUUUUUGCACCUCCUUCCAAAAAGGCUAAGGCAGCAAUACUAUUUGGAGUUAUAGAUGUUGGAUUUUUAGUUGCAGCUGUAUUAACCACAUACUUGAUGUUGCAAGGGGAUGCCAGGAUUGAUGCAAUUGGCUUCAUCUCCUCAGCCCUCAAUAUUAUUAUGUAUGCUUCACCUCUUGCAGCCAUGAAAAGGGUUUUGAGAAGAAAGAGUGUGGAGUAUAUGCCUUUCCUUCUCACAUUUUUCCUCUUCUUGAACGGAGGAGUUUGGACUUUCUACGCAGUGCUCGCACAUGACUGGUUCCUUGGAGUGCCAAAUGCGAUUGGAUUAUUGCUGGGAAUACUUCAGUUGUCGCUCUACGCGAUUUAUUACACUCCACCAUCAAACCAUUCUCACCACACAGAUCCACUGCUUCCCGUUUCUCAUCAUUGAAAAUUUCUGCAUUUUUAUUUGUUUCUUUGGAGUACGAUUGAAGAAAUUGAAGUUUUGCUUGGAAUGUAAAUGGCGGGUUUUGUUAUUUUUUUUUAUUAAUGAUAGAUUUCAAUGA